AAGUGACUCUGGAAUUCAUGAGCAUAAGCUCCUUCCUCCAUGUCCGACUUAUCAGACGUCGAUCUGGAUGUUUAGAACUGCUCUGAAAAGACUUCUGAACAAAUGGAAAUCGUACAGAUACAGGUUUGUACCCUGGGUUGUACUGAACCUGUCUAGAAAUGAGAAAACUCUGCGGCAGGUGCAGGAGCGCUCCAAAGACAAGCUGGUCCCAGAUGAAGAGGUUUCACAGAGCCUGCUGCAGCUCUUCAGAGCCCUGCUCAGGAGUCAAUGGGCUCCUCACGGGGAGCUACGGGCAGCUCAGACUCACUUUCUCAGACACGUAACAAGUGAAGAAGACCAGUGUGGAGGAAAUCCUGUGAGCGGAGCUGAUGCCAUGUUACAGUCUCUGGGAUUCUGCAUUGACCGGAAGCCUAGCACUUUGCCCUCUGCAGGAACUGGAGUGUUUGUCACCAAAGGAUUUGUACCCAAAGGAGUUACAGUGGCCAUGUACCCUGGCACAAUCUACCAAGCUUAUGAGCCCAUUCUCCUGCAGUCCAUCAGAAACCCUUUUGUCUUCAGGUGUAUUGAUGGUGUCCUGAUAGAUGGAAAUGACAAAGGCAUCUCCAAAAUGGUGUUCAAGUCCUGCAGUGGCAGGGACAGGAUGGGGCCUUACAUGAUGAGUGAUAUCAGCUGGCUGACAGGCAGUCCACAAAAUCCACUUGCUGUUGGUCAGUAUGUAAACAACUGCUCUAAUGAAUCGCCUGCUAAUGUGUGCUACCAGGAGUAUGACGUGCCUCACAAGUUUCCCAUCGAGCUCCGCCAGUAUCUGCCUAAUGUCAACUACAGUCAUGACACACAGAGGCCUCUACGCUGUGUUGUCCUUGUAUCACUCAGAGACAUCACAGCUGGAGAGGAACUCUUCUCCAACUACUACACCAUUGUGCAUUAGAGUCAAGCUGCUCUCCACUGUUCUGCUUUGGUGUCAGAACUGAAUAAAACAUAAUAUUUUCAAAUUCAGAUGAUAUUAUCAUUGUCUGUCUUCCUAGAGGAAAAUCAUUUUUCAAAAACAUCUGUUUGUACACUCAGAAUUGCACAGGAAUAAAGGCAAAACAUGUUUUGCAUGGGUUACUGUGAUAGGAAAGAAAUAAAACUAAUUGUAUUUGACAGUGUUGAACAGGGCUCUUACACAUUUUCAUUACACAACUUUUCCAUGACUUUUCAAGGACCUGGGAUAAUUUGCUUUCCUUGCACAAUUUGCCUGGCUUUUUUUUUUUAAUAUAUCAGAUUCAGUUUAUAUUCAAACAUAAUUUCAGCUAGCUAACAUACAUAAAGGGAGAGU